CCGAGUGAAGGCUACCGCACGCACGAACAGCGACAAGCUGAGGUCCACACUGUUUGGUCGUUUCGCCAUGGCGCUCAGAAACCGGCAUGGCCACCAGCGAUCGGGCAGGCACAACCCGUAUCCGAGCUACUCGAGGCCGCCAGGACCUUGGCGAGAUGAGCAUCGGCACCACAACGACUACGACCGCGCAUAUAGCGGUUACACCGACUACCGAUGGACCGGCCACGCCGACUCGUACCGCUCUUACGAACACAUCGAAAGCUACGACUACGGUGCCUAUCCCCAGGCCUCUUCUUAUGCUCCAUAUCCCGGACGUUAUGGCGCACAGGAUGCGUCAGAUUGGAGCUCGCAGGGCUUUGGUGAGUACCACCACGAAGGCCCAUCUUCUUCAAGAGGCCACCGCGAAGACUAUGACGGGCCACCUGACUGGAUUGCGCACGGCCAAGAUUCACGUGGUGGGCGUGGGGAGUAUGAGGAACAGGGAGUCUAUGCGUCACAUCUUCCUCCGCGGGAACCGUCGAUGUCGAUGUCGCGGCACGGACAGCAGACACGGGACAUGCACCACUCCUCCCACCAUGGUGAUUCGCGACAAGAUGCUCGAGAUCGCUCACGAGAGCGGGCCAGAUCGCCGCCGCCGCCGCCGCCGCCGCCGCCUGUUCGUGCGCCCUCGCCCGCAUACCUCGAGCUCUCCAGCGCACAGCCCGCACACCUUUCCUCCCCCGACGACGCGCGCAAGCUGCUCAUCCUGGACCUGAACGGCACGUUGGUGUUCCGCUCUGCGUACCGCGCGCGGAACAAGCACGCCCAGCACGACGAGGGCGCCGCGCCUGGCCCCGCAGAGCCGCGGCUGCGGACGGCACACCCACGGCCGUACCUGCCGUCCUUCCGGAGCUACCUCUUCGCGCCCGAGACGCAGGCCUGGCUCGACGUGAUGGUCUGGAGCUCUGCCCAGCCGCACAGCGUCAGAGGCAUGGUCGAGCGUGUGUUUGGGCAGGAGGUUUACGACGAAGGAGGUGAUGCCGGAGGACAUGCGCGGCUUGGCGAAGCUGUUGCUGCUGCGGACGGUUUGGAGGCGGAGGUUGCCGUGGUGGCGGACGCGAAGAGUGUCGGAGACGGGAAGACUGCCGUGAAACCGCGGUUGCUGGCGAUAUGGGCUCGGGAUACGCUCGGUCUCAGCGAGUCACAUUACCGCCAGAAAGUCCAGACUGUGAAGGACCUGAACAUCCCGUGGUCCAAACUGCCCAAACUGCUGGUGCCGGACAACUUCCCACCUGCGCCGCCGCCGCCGCCGCCGCCAAGCUCAUCGCCGCCACGUUCACCCUCAUCACCGAACGCCACGAAGACCUCACCGCUCCUCGCGCUCUCCCGCCCCCCCUCGUCGCCGGCCGCAACAAGCGGGUACGCGCACUCCGCGCUCUCGACGCUGCUCCUCGACGACUCGCCGCUCAAGGCCGUGCGGCAGCCGCACAACCACGUCUGCAUCCCGGAGUACGACGCCAAGAGGCGCGCGAGCGACCUCGGCGUGCUCACGCGCGAAAAGACGCGCCGAGAGCAGGAGCAGUGGCAACAGCAGGAAGAGGGGGAGGAGGAGGAGGAGGAGGAAGAAGAAGAAGAAGAAGAAGAAGAAGAAGAAGGCGGGCAGCCCCCCGGCGCCGGUGCCGCCGAGCCUCAGGACGCGCCGGCUGUCGACGAAGCACCGGAGGAGGAGGACAAGGACGCGAGCCGCAAGCGCAAGCGCCAGGAGAAGAAGGUCAGGAAGCGGCAGGAGCGCCUCGCCAAGGCGGCGGCGGCGGCGGCGGCAGCAGCGACGGCAGAGGGCGGGACGGAGGGCGCGCGCGAAGAAGAGGCGUACGACCCGACGCUGCUCGCUGUCGUCGGCGUCCUUGACGAAGUCAAGGAACAGCGGAACGUCGCGGCAUGGGUGCGCGCGGGCGGGCUCUGGGAGCCCGCAGGAGGUGCCGUGGAUGCUGCUGCUGCAGAGGGAAAGGCGGGCGCUGAGGGAGUCCAAACGGGUGUUACAGAGGACGCAGGGGACGUUGCGGAGGACGUCGUAGGAGACGGUGGGCAGGUUGCAGAGGACGACGGAGGCAAAGACGGUCUCAGUCGGAAGCGCGCACGACAUCGCAGCACGUCUGCUGCCCCGGCAGGCAACGACUCGGUCUCUACCGUUGGACGCGGUGCGGAAGAGUCAGCGGGCGAAGCCGUGGCAGGAGACGGGGGCAGCGCUGGUGGAUCGAAGGGGAAAGAAGUGCAUGUGGGUGGUGGGGAGAAACAGCUGAUGUGGUUCGAGGAACCCGCGACUUUGCGGUACUGGGUUGGGCGGGGCAGGCAGGCAUUGGAAGGGCUGGGCAUACCCGUUGAUCAUGGCAUCGAGCGGUAGAUUUGACCUGGACGUGACACGCUGAUAUAUGCUGUUCGCUGACUUCAUUCGGUGCGAGAUGAAUCGCUUUCUCCAGAUUGCAGUGGCAUGAGAUACGGGAUGGGCAUCGUUUUCGUGCAUUUCACCUACUACCCCAGUCUCCAGUACAUU